GCCGCGGCUCCCCUCGAGCGCAGCUUGCAGUUGGGAGCGAAACCCUCUCCCUCCCAACCCUACCAAACCCUAGAAAACCCCAAAAAAAUCCGCAAAAUUACCCCCAAAAAUCCCGAAAAAAAUCACCAGGAACCUAUCCUCCGAUCGGAUCCGCUUAUCUACCACCCCCCCCUACCCGGUUGAUGAUGGCGGCGCAGGUCCAGGCGGCGGCGGUGGCGGCAGCGGCGCCAGCGAUGGAGGGCGGCGCUUCUCCGGUGGCUGGCGCCGCGGCGGCGGCGGGGGCCGUUGCCCCGGCUUUCCCGGCGACGUCUCUGUACGUGGGGGAUCUGGAUGUCAGCGUGCAGGACGCGCAGCUCUUCGACGUCUUCAGCCAGGUCGGCUCGGUCGUGUCCGUGCGCGUCUGCCGGGAUGUCAACACCAGGAUGUCCCUCGGCUACGCCUAUGUCAACUUCAGCAGCCCUGCGGAUGCUGCAAGGGCAAUGGAAAUGCUGAACUUCACUCCCGUCAAUGGGAAGCCUAUCAGGAUAAUGUAUUCUAACCGUGACCCCAGCUCACGUAAAAGUGGUGCUGCAAAUAUAUUUAUUAAGAACCUUGACAAGUCAAUUGACAACAAAGCUCUCUUUGACACUUUUUCUGCCUUUGGAACCAUCCUGUCAUGCAAAGUUGCGACAGAAAUUUCUGGAGAGUCAAAGGGCUAUGGUUUUGUGCAGUAUGAGCAGGAUGAAUCAGCACAGAAUGCUAUUAAUGAGCUCAAUGGGAUGCUUUUGAAUGACAAAAAAGUCUAUGUUGGCCCUUUUGUUCGUAAGCAGGAGAGGGAAAAUGUUUUUGGCAGUCCCAAGUUCAAUAAUGUCUAUGUAAAGAAUCUAUCAGAAUCUACUACUGAAGAUAAUUUGAAGGAAAUGUUUGGUAAAUUUGGGCCUAUAACUAGUGUUAUUGUGGUGCGAGCGGAUGAUGGCAAAUCUAGAUGCUUUGGUUUUGUCAACUUUGAAAAUCCAGAUGAUGCCGCCCGUGCUGUUGAGGAUCUGAAUGGAAAGAAACUUGAUGACAAGGAAUUAUAUGUUGGCAGAGCUCAGAAGAAGUCUGAAAGGGAGAUGCAACUGAAAGAAAAAUUUGAGAAGAGCAAUAAAGAGACAGCUGAUAAGAAUCAAGGCACUAACUUGUAUUUGAAGAACUUGGAUGGUAGUGUUGAUGAUGAUGAGAAGUUAAAAGAACUUUUUGCUGAAUUUGGCACUAUUACUUCUUGCAAGGUUAUGCGGGAUUCAAAUGGUGUCAACAAAGGAUCUGGUUUUGUUGCAUUUAAAUCUUCUGAAGAUGCUUCACGAGCUCUUGUGGCAAUGAAUGGUAAGAUGGUUGGCAGUAAGCCUCUUUAUGUAGCACUUGCACAACGCAAGGAAGAAAGGAGAGCAAGGCUGCAGGCGCAGUUUUCGCAAAUGCGUCCUGUUGUGAUGCCGCCUCCUGUUGCUCCUCGUAUGCCCAUGUACCCGCCUGGUGUUCCUGGCAUGGGCCAACAAAUGUUCUAUGGACAGCCACCUCCACCUUUUGUUAACCCUCAGCCUGGGUUUGGUUUCCAGCAACAUAUGAUUCCUGGAAUGAGGCCUGGUGUUGCUCCAAUGCCAAACUUCGUCAUGCCUAUGGUGCAACAAGGUCAACAACCACAGCGUCCGUCUGGAAGGCGUGCAGGUGCUGGUGGAAUGCAGCAGCCAAUGCCAAUGGGUCACCAGCAGAUGCUUCCAAGGGGUGGUCGUGGUGGCUACCGUUAUGCUUCAGGCCGUGGCAUGCCUGAUUCUCCAUUCCGUGGUGUUGGAGGUAUGGUCCCAUCACCAUAUGAGAUGGGAAGGAUGACUCUCAAUGACAAUGGUGCACCGCAGCAAGUUCCUAGCGGAACAUUGGCCUCAGCACUUGCGAACUCUCCUCCAGAGCAGCAGCGACUGAUGCUUGGCGAAAGCUUGUACCCACUUGUGGACCAGCUGGAGCAUGACCAGGCCGCCAAGGUUACUGGCAUGCUUCUGGAGAUGGACCAGACUGAAGUUCUUCACCUUAUUGAGUCACCUGAUGCUCUGAAGUCCAAGGUGGCCGAAGCUAUGGAUGUUCUCCGCAGUGCCCAGCAGCAGACCAGUGCUCCAGCGGAUCAGCUGGCUGCUCUCUCGCUGAGCGAUGGUUUUGUUGCAUCCUAAUUGGAAAAGCCUUCUGGCUUGUUUUCUUUUGUGUGCUUUGGUACUUCGGAUCUUAUGACUCUCUCUUCAACUUUAUUCAAAAUACAUUUAACUGUGUGGAUUAUGGUUUAGACAACUAUUUAUGUCUUAAAUAUUGGGAUUGAAAUAUGAUAUAUUCGUGGAUUGCUUUAAAGUUAUAUGUUUGUUU